AUGACACCGACACCAUCACCGCCGAGGUCUGCAGGGAGGAGGACGUUGGGGAUGGAGAGUGAGUACCUGGUGGUGGUGGUGGGGAGCCAGGUGAUUGUGUGCCCACCUCCCCACCUCUCCCACAGGCUCCUGGAAGUGAUGGUGGCUGGUUACCCAGUGCUGCUGGUGAGGAACAGGAAGGAGUUCAGUGCCCUGGGCAGCAAAUGUCCCCACUACGGUGCCCCUCUCAGCAAAGGGGUCUUGAGAGGGGAGAGGCUGCGCUGCCCCUGGCACGGCGCCUGCUUUAACAUCAGAACUGGAGACAUCGAGGAAUACCCUUCUCUGGACUGUAUCUCCUGCUUUAAGGUAACAGUGGAAGAUGGAAAGGUGUUUGUUACAGCAAAAAAGAAGGACCUCAAAAACAGCCAGAGGGUGAAGGACAGAAGCAGGCGGUGCCUUGUCAACCAGAACACGAUGCUGCUGCUGGGGGGAGGUGUGGCUGCCCUGGUGUGCGCAGAGACGCUUCGCCAGGAGGGUUUUACUGGCAGGAUCAUCAUGGCCACCAAAGAGAAACACGUUCCAUACGACAAGUCCAAACUGAGCAAGGAAAUGGACUUGAAAGCUGAGGACGCCUACCUGAGGACACCUGAAUUCCUUGAUGCUCAGGGCAUAGAGUUCUGGACAGAGAAAGAGGCAGUGUGGGUGGAUUUCCAGAAGCAGCAGGUCGGCUUCAUGGAUGGCUCCUCUCAGAAAUACCAUCAGCUGCUCAUUGCAACAGGCAGCCACUCCAGCUUCCUCAAAGUCCCAGGUGCUGACCUGCAGAACGUGUGCAUUCUCCAAACCCCGGAAGACUCCAGCAAGAUCUUGGAGCUGGCAACUGGGAAGAAUCUGGUGAUCGUAGGAGCUUCAUUCGUAGGAAUGGAGGUGGCUGCCUUCCUCUCAGACAAGGCUGGUACCAUCUCAGUGGUGGAAAGAGAGGAGUUCCCUUUCCAGCACGCUCUGGGUCCUCAGGUUGGAGGCGUCGCCAUGAAGAUGCUGGAAAAUAAAGGGGUGAAGUUCCACAUGAAAUCAGAACUCUGUGAGCUGAAAGGAAAGUAUGGAAAGGUCGCAGAGGCUGUUCUUGCCAACGGAGAGAAAUUACCUGCAGAUGUGGUAGUGGUGGGAAUAGGGUCGACCCCCAGCUCAGCAUUUCUGAAGGGCACCUCCAUUGCCAGAGAUGACAAAGGUGCCAUCCUGGUGGAUCUGCACAUGCAAACCAACAUCCCAAAUGUCUUCGCUGCGGGGGACGUGGUGUCCUUUCCAGUAGCGCUGCUCAACGGGGACCGGUCCAGCAUCCAUCACCAACAAGUGGCUGAGGCCCACGGUCACGUUGCUGCCUUAAACAUGCUGAAGAAAGAGAAGGAGUUGCACACUGUUCCCUUCUUCUGGACCACGUUGCUUGGGAAAAGCAUCCGCUAUGCAGGCUGUGGAAAGGGAUACACGGACACUGUUGUGAAGGGCAGCCUGGAGCAACAGAAGUUCCUGAUCUUUUACCUCAGGGAUGGCCAUGUGACAGCAGCUGCCAGCCUGAACUGUGACCCCAUGGUGUCUCUCAUUGCAGAAGUUUUGUACUUGGGGAAACUAAUCUCCAAAGAAGAAGCAGAGGCUUGUGACAUCGGCAACAUAACGUCACUGGCACAAACCUGAGCUUGGUACCUGCCCCUGUGAGGGGCACAUACCCAAGGGUUAACAGCUCCACAUCCUCCUGUCCUGGAGAAAUAAAACCAUCAGCAAAGCCAAAAUCA